AUGGCCGGUGGUAGCACCAGACGCAUUGAAGUUCAGGUCGGAGGCGGUAAAACUCAACGGCUGCGACCGGUUGAGCGUUCCAUGUCAGUAGGAGAACCCCUAGACGGGUCCAUGUCUGGUGUCAACUGGCACUGGGUGCUUAAACGCUGGCGCCACGCUGUCAACUGGCACCCCGGCAUUUGGCGCUCACAUGCACUUGACUCAAGUGCUCAUCCUUCUCUCACGCCUGCACCUGCCAUAUUCGACAUCCCCAGAUUGCAGAAGCACAACACUGAAGCUGGUGCUCAGCAAACCCUCCUGCCAACCAUGGCGCGUAGACAACAUCUCACCCUCACGGUCCUGCUAGCCAUCGUCGUCUUGCUCAGCAUAACUUACAUCUUCUCCGGCAGCUCGGCACUCAGCCCUGCACGGCUGCUAAAGUCCGGCCGCAACAGCGAAAUUCCUCUCACGGCCGAUGGUAAAAAGCCAGAUCCCGCCUCGAAGCCCGGCUUCGAAAUCGACCUAGAAGCCAUUCCGGAUCUCUCGGAAGGAGAUUCCAUAGCGCCCAAAUUGGAAAAUGCUACACUAAACCCGUCCAGAGCGGAACUCGGCCGCGCAACUUGGAAGUUCCUCCACACCAUGGUUGCCCGGUUCCCGGAUAAGCCUACAGACAGCGACCGCAAAACCCUCGAGUCCUUCUUCCUUCUCUUCGGUCGACUGUACCCUUGCGGCGACUGCGCUCGUCACUUUCGCGGGAUGCUGGACAAGUACCCACCGCAGACGAGCAGUCGCAACGCAGCCGCAGGUUGGUUGUGUGCGCUGCAUAACAUGGUAAACAAGAGGCUCGAGAAGCCAACGUUCGAUUGUACCAAAAUUGGAGACUUUUACGACUGCGGCUGCGGCGACGAUAAGAAAGAGGCAGAUAAGAAAGAGACAGACAAGGGCGAGGAGGAGGACAAGAAGCAGAAAGUGACCAGGGACGAAGGUGGUGAUGCCACUAUUCCGGGGCUGGGCGGAUUGGAUAAGCAGUGGAGCAAGGCUAUUGAGGGAUUAUAG